AUGGAGCUCUCGGCAUGCUCGGCGGAGGGCCUGACGCCUCCCAAGACUAUGAAGUUGACCGGGCUGAUAGGAGAAAGACGCGUGGUAGUCUUGAUUGACAGCGGAGCCAGCCAUAACUUCAUUAGCCAGAGGGUGGUGGAGGAACUGAGACUUCUGGUGGCAGAAACACCCACUUACGCGGUGAGUUUGGGUGACGGGUGUAAGAAAUGGACCAGUGGAUGUUGUGAGAAGGUCGAAUUGAAGCUGGGUAAUGUGAAGGUGGAGGAGGACAUGUAUGUGUUUGAUCUCGGUGGAGUGGAUUUAAUAUUGGGUAUUGCAUGGUUGGCAAAAUUGGGUGAAGUGGUUAUUAACUGGAGAGAGAUGCCCAUGCAAUAUGUGGUGGAUGGAGAGAAGAGGAAGAUUAGCGGUGACCCUGCCAUGGCCAGACAGCUAGUGGAGCCAGGCACACUAACAAAAAUCACGGAUGUUGAGUCAUGGUUUCUAGUUUGGGAACUGUGCAUAGUGGAACCAGGGGUAGACGGUGAUGUGAUGGAUGAACUGACAGAGCAGCAGCAGGUAUAAAUCAGAACAGUUUUGCAUCCCCACUACAAGGUGUUUCAGGAGAGAGGGGGACUACCUCCUUCACGUGAUGCACAGCACCGAAUAGUGCUCAAGGAGGGAGCCAGAAUUCAUCCAAUAUUCCACGUUUCCCAACUGAAGAAAGUUAUGGGGGAGAAGAGAGUGGAAAAGGAACUUCCAGCUGAGUUACAAGCAGAUGGACCCAUGUUUAGCAGCGAAGGUGCUGGACAGAAGGACUCGACAGUUGGGAACAGAAGAAAUGCCUUAGGUUUUGAUAGAAUGGCAAGAAGGGGGACAAGAGAGUGCCACAUGGGAAGAUGAGGUGACUAUACAAGAGCAAUACCCGGAGUUCAACCUUGGGGACAAGGUUGUUGGAGGAGAGGGGAGUAACGUUAGGGAGUUAAUUGUAUAUAGGAGGAGAGGUAAAGUCACAGAGCCUAAUUGCCAAGGCAGUUAGGAAUAUGAGAGUGGGUUUCUGUUAGUUCUGUUAGUGAGUGAUAUAAAAGGGGGGAAAGGAGUUGUUUGUAGUUAGUUUUGGAGUAUUAUUGUUUGUGCGGGAAUUCUUGUAGUUCUUUGGAGAGAGGUUAGGCUCUCAAAGUGGCUUGUAUACACCAAUUUCUUGAUUCUUUAGUAAUAAAAGGAGGUUGUACAAUUCAGAGGAAUUGUUUGUGUGUGUGUUUGAUUGAUUUUCAUAGGUUGUUGAUUAAAAGAACCUAUCAACAUAGUUGGUUACUUGUCUGUUAACCUAUUCAAUGUUAUAGUUAAAAAAGAACUAAAAUAA